AUGGGACAAGCACAACAUCGAUUGGGUACCGACUUCGAAAAUCUCGGUAAAAGGGAUUAUAAGGGAAACAAACGGAAAGAACAAACCCAGAAGGCUGCAGAAGACAGGGCCAAAAGAGGAAAGGAACGCAGGAAACACUCUAUUGAACGAAAGGAAGUCGAAGUCGCCGAGAAGAGAAAACAUCUAAAUGUGAGUGGGGAUGGAGUUGUUGAUAUCCACUUCACAGAGACUAGCACAAUUACCUCAACAGAAGAAGUCAAGGCAUUGCCAAUGCGACAGAAAUGGAGCCAUCAGAGGCCUCUAGUUCCACGACUGGUACUACAAGCGAUGCUGAAAACCACGCUGAAGGAAGCGUCUCAGAGCCUUCAAAAGACGCCGAAACACAAACCGAGGAGUUUGAAUACAUGUUUUAUAGGCCAACAUAUCAAGCUCCAGACAGCGAGUAUUUCAGAUCUGAUGAUAAAGUUCGCUCUUAUACGGAGAUACCAUCCUACCAGGUUCUCAUAGCAACUUUUAACCAUGUGGUGCCACACGUGAGUCACCGUACUCAGGCACUGGAUCCACUCCAGGAAUUUGUUUUGGUUUUGAUUAAGCUUCGACUCAAUGUCCCUUUUAAGGAUCUGGCUUACCGUUUCUUGGUAUCGGUACCAACUGUUUCACGGAUUUUUUUUCAUGGAUGAAUGCCAUGGACUACAGGUUGCGUCGGCAUGUUUACUGGCCUGAGAGAGAGAAUCUUUGCAAAACAAUGCCAAUGUGAUUUAAAUACGCCUUUGGCAACAAGGUGACAGUUAUAAUCGACUGUUUUGAGGUUUUCAUUGAGAAACCAACAAAUUUGCUUGCAAGAGCACAGACAUUUAGUUCAUAUAAACAUCAAAACACUAUAAAAAUUUUAAUAGCCAUCACCCCUCAAGGAUCUAUUUCACUUGUUUCUGAAGCUUGGAGGGGGUAGAACCUCUGACAAGUUCCUGACUGAGAAUUGUGGAUUUCUUGACAAACUUUUACCUGGAGACAUGGUUAUGGCGGACAGAGGCUUCACAAUCAAUGAAAGUGUGGGACUAAAACAAGCUAAACUUUUCAUUCCAGCGUUUACUAAGGGGAAGUCACAAGUAGACUCAGUAGAUGUAGAGAAGACCUGAGGUAUUGCGAGCGUCUGCAUUCAUGUCGAACGAGUCAUUUGACUUCUCCGUCGUAAGUACACAAUUUUAGAGGGUACUUUACCAACAGACUUUCUUAGGGGUAGCGCUAAGGAAGCACCAGAUUCCCAAGUUCCCAUAAUUGACAGAAUAGUGAGGGUUUGCUCUGCUCUUAUGAAUUUAUACCCUGGAAUAGUACCCUUAGAUUAGUCAUGUCCUUUUUGGUUACAUUCAGAAGUUUGAAAUGAUAAAACAUAACCAUGUUAACCCUUUCACUCCCAGAGGUGGUUAAAGUCAAAAGUCAGCAAAAUUUCCAAAUUUCAUUUUGUAAAAUGUUGAAAACAAAAAGCACCCUAGGAAAGUACUGUUGAAGGGGUUUCAUUUGAAUGUUAACCCUGACAAUUUGUCCAGAAACUCAAACGUCAGAACCACCUUACAACACUACACUGUAUAUUAUUCAGUAUGGGAGUGAAAAGGGUUAAUAUUCUUAUGGUGCGUACUUUUUUUGUGAGGACAGGGACCAUAAAACAUGGGCUUGGACAUGUAAAAAGUUUUAGCUCAAGCUACAAAAUGACUUUCAAGAUAAGUUUUAAGUGUUAGUUCAGUGUCUCAAUAGUUUCAUGACAAAUUGUACAGUUGUGACACACCUGUUUCAGCAAGGCAAGGUGGAGAUGCACUGCUUUAAAUUAUGACACAUGUUGAAUGGUAAAAAUGUCUUUGUAAAGUAUGUAUAGAGAGCUUUGAAUUUUUGUAAAGCACAAACAUUCUUGUAUUUGUUUUGUAAAAAAUGUAUCCGUUGUUAUUGUUCUUGGGGAAGCAAAAAACUGACAUUGCUCUUGUAAGCCAAACUUUUUAGCAGGCAGUGUAAACUAAUGGCAAGAGGUUCCCCCAACCCACCCCUACUACAUACACAAUGGCGAAUCAAUGGAGACUGAGUAUUUCCUGGAACAACACACAGCACAUAAAAAAAUCAGUUUGCUCUAAAGCAAUUAAAUAUAAAAAAUAUAUACAUGUAUUUUGAUGCGAUUUUGGUACUAUCUUGAUGUAAAUUUUAAUUUUCGAUCGAAGAGGUGCAUGGAAUGAGGCCCUAAGUGACUCCUGAUCUGAUGAGAUAUUCUUCUUUUGUUUCACAAGCAAAUACAAAAGGAACUCAGGGCUGUCAUUAAGAGCCCGGGGCCGGGGAUUUCCCCCAGCUACUAUGAGUGUGGCCCCGGGCUACUUUUAUUGGAAAAUGGAAGAAAAUUAGAACCAAAAGAAACCCCUCGGUGUUUGAUUCCCCGCCUACUUGUAUUUACCCAGCAACUCAAACAUUCAAGAGUGCUAAUAAACAUUUGCAGCAAUGCUGGAGAGUACUUGAAGCUGACAAAACUCAAGUCGCAUUGUCUGAAAGGAAGAUUCAGUGGAAGUAUAUCGUGGAGAGAUCUCCGUGGUGGGGUGGGUUUUAUGAACGUCUUGUGAAGAGUGUCAAGACACCUCUGAAAAAAAUCUUUGCCAAAGCAAUGUUGGAUGCUGAACAGCUGACCACCAUUUUAGCUGAAAUCGAGGCACAGCUGAAGAGUGGUCCUCUUACUUACCUUAGUGCAGACCCUGGGGACUACAGCGUGAUUACUCCUGCUCAGAUUCUCAUAGGGAGAAAUCUUGAAGCGUCUCUAGCUAGGGACAUGCAUGAGUACCUGAGAUCUUUGAUACCCCUCAAGAAAUGGUUUACAGUUGGUCGCGAAAUACACAAAGGUGACUUGGUCCUUGUUAGCGAAGAUAACUUAGCUCGAGGUCAGUGGAAACGUGCGCGCAUGGAAGCCACCCAUCCUGGUCGUGAUGGUCUUAUCCGAUCAGUUACCGUGCGAUUGCCAUCUGGAAGUCUUACCCGUCGUCCAGUGCAGCGGCUACACCUUUUUGAAACCUGUGAUGCUGAUCUAGCUGCUGAACUUGAUUGAACUGACAAACGAACGUUGACAAUUAUUGAACUUGAUGAAAACAUUAUUGAUCAAUUUGAAGAUGCACUCCCUGCAUCGGGCGGGAGGAUGUUCGGAACUGAAAUUUUAUAUUCUGUUAGAUUGUUCGGACGUGUGGGAACUAGGCCCUAAGUUAGUCUUCAGGGGCUCGAACCCCCCUUAAGUUUUUUCGACAUGUGUUUUUUCGCUUGCGUUGUAAAUUCUUGUAGUUUGUUCAUCAUGUUUGUUUCGUAAAUAUAGUUGAUUUAUGCAAGAAAUCGUUUUAUUCACCAUCUUUGUGCCCCUGAAAUGUAAACAAAUCUAAGACGCAAGUGCGUGAGUUUGAGAUGGUUCUCUGUAUUAUGGUCGGUUGCGGGGGAAAAAAGCGGUAAACAGAACGCAAAAUUCAGUAAAAUACCAAAGAUUAUCACAAAUCAAGGCGAGGAAUGGGAAGAAUUGACACGGGAGAGAAGAAAUCGCUGGAUUUCGGCGGUCAGUCAUGGCGACACUGAGGAGAAGGACAUCCUAGAACGCGAACGUGUUUGUGAUCGUCAUUUCAUUUCAGGGAAGGCUGCAGCUGUAUGGGACAAGCACAACAUCGAUUGGGUACCGACUUCGAAAAUCUCGGUAAAAGGGAUUAUAAGGGAAACAAACGGAAAGAACAAACCCAGAAGGCUGCAGAAGACAGGGCCAAAAGAGGAAAGGAACGCAGGAAACACUCUAUUGAACGAAAGGAAGUCGAAGUCGCCGAGAAGAGAAAACAUCUAAAUGUGAGUGGGGAUGGAGUUGUUGAUAUCCACUUCACAGAGACUAGCACAAUUACCUCAACAGAAGAAGUCAAGGCAUUGCCAAUGCGACAGAAAUGGAGCCAUCAGAGGCCUCUAGUUCCACGACUGGUACUACAAGCGAUGCUGAAAACCACGCUGAAGGAAGCGUCUCAGAGCCUUCAAAAGACGCCGAAACACAAACCGAGGAGUUUGAAUACAUGUUUUAUAGGCCAACAUAUCAAGCUCCAGACAGCGAGUAUUUCAGAUCUGAUGAUAAAGUUCGCUCUUAUACGGAGAUACCAUCCUACCAGGUUCUCAUAGCAACUUUUAACCAUGUGGUGCCACACGUGAGUCACCGUACUCAGGCACUGGAUCCACUCCAGGAAUUUGUUUUGGUUUUGAUUAAGCUUCGACUCAAUGUCCCUUUUAAGGAUCUGGCUUACCGUUUCUUGGUAUCGGUACCAACUGUUUCACGGAUUUUUUUUCAUGGAUGA